GGGCGUGGCGCGGGGCGAUGGAAGCGGAGGAGCUGCGCGUGGGGUUCGUGGGCGCCGGGAGGAUGGCGGGGGGCCUCGGCCGGGGGCUGCUGCGGGCAGGGAAGGUCCCCGCCAGCAACAUCAUUGUCAGCGCUCCCUCAGACCGCAAUCUGGCAGAGUGGCGGGAGUGGGGCUGUCGCACCACGCACUGCAACCUGGAGGUGCUUCAGGAGAGCACAGUGGUGUUCUUGGCCACCAAGCCCCACGUGCUGCCCACAGUGCUACAGGAGCUGCGCCCUGCUGUCACCUCCCAGCACCUCCUCAUCUCACUGGCGGCUGGUGUCACCCUACAGAAGCUGCAGCGGCUGCUCCCCACGGGGACGAAGGUGCUGCGCCUGAUGCCGAACCUGCCCUGCGUGCUGCAGGUGGGAGCUGCUGUGUUCUCUCGUGGCACUGGGGUUGGGGAUGGGGAUGCAGCGCUGCUCCAGUCCCUGCUGUCCCCGUGUGGGAUGUGUGAGGAGGUCCCCGAGCCCUACAUCAACAUCCACACUGGGCUCAGCGGCAGUGGCGUUGCCUAUGUGUAUCUGUUCGCUGAAGCCAUGGCCGAGGGGGCUGUGAAGAUGGGGAUGCCGAUGGGCCUGGCCAGUAAGAUCGCAGCCCAGACGCUGCUGGGAGCAGCGAAGAUGCUGCUGGAGACAGGCGAGCACCCAGCGAAGCUGCGCGGGGACGUCUGCACACCCGGUGGGACCACCAUCCAUGGGUUGUACCAACUGGAGAAGGGCGCGCUGAGGGCCACCGUCAUGAAUGCAGUGCAAGCAGCCACUGAGCGGGCGUGCGAAAUGGGGGAGGAUUAACAGAUAUCCCAUCUCAUCCUGUGGUAGUGGGGACCUCAGCUCUUGGUGCCACCAAACCAAACCAUGGUGCCACCAAACCAAUGCCUGGUGCCACCAAACUGAAGGCUGUUGGUCCCAGGCUAAAACAUGGUGCUACUGACCUGAAGCACGGUGACCCCAAACUGAAGCUAACAAUCCAAAGCAUGGUGCCACCAAACCGAAGCCUGGUGACCCUAGACCAAAGCAUUGAUGACAGCAAACCGAAGUAUGGUGACCCCAGAAUGGAGGUUGGUGACCCCAGACUCAAGCAUGGUGACACCGAACUGAAGAAUGGUGCCAUCAAACCAAAUCAUGUUGGCCAGCAAACCGAAGCCUGGUGACACCAGACUGAAGUAUGGUGAUCCCAAGCUGAAGCCACCAGACCAAAACUUGGUGACCCCAAACCAAAACCCUAAAGGGUCCUUGAGCUUUUUGGGAGAUCCUGGCUGGAGGUGGGAGAUGCUGAAGUGUGUGGCCACCGUGGAGUGGAACCUAAUAAAGGUGGGCAGUAUGGUGGCA